UGCAACAGCUGCUGCAGGACAGCUCUCUGGACCUGAGCACAGCGGGGGCCGACCUGCGCAGCCUGGUGGCCCUCCUGCUGGAGGCACUCGGCGACCGCACCCUGGCACUCAACCACCAACGCAAGGCCAACAAAGUUCUGGGCAAACGUGUGACAGAGCUAGAGAGCAGGCUCAAGUGUGAUGGCACAUGGAGGGUCAACAUGCCCCUCUCGAGCACAGAUCCAGCAAAACUGGCCAACAGGAGCAAAGCAAGCAGUAAUUUAGAAGAUGCCAACUCGUUGUCCAUUGGUGCUGUGGAGUUAUCGACGUCCAAGCCAACACCAGACAAAGAUGUUCCACGUUCAGUGAUCUCGAGGGAGAACUCGCGUGACGAGGAGGAGGACUGUGUAACAGGCGAGGAGGACCUUCCCCCGGAGCUGCAGAGGCUUCUCUCGGCUGCCAUGAAGGAGCUCAAGUCACCCCAGCACCGAGCGCCCCCACCUCCCCACAAAGAAGUGGCUGACCUUGCCUGCUGACAUAGGGCAUUGUCUGGCAGUGGCACUACCAAAAUCCAUCGCCAGUCUAGCGCAUGAAGCAUCAUUGUACGACCUGCAAUUCCACGGCUGUGGCACGCCCGAGAAAGCGCACUUGCGCCAUGAACCGCAUAUCCUGCACAUCAGUCAGUGCCAAGGCAUCAGGACGUGCUCAAGCUGCAUUGAGUGUGCAAUGUAGGUAAUGUUGGGACGGAUGCUUUUCACACUUCAGCACCCAUGUGUACACCUUUCCACCACGGCCUGAGAUUGUUGCACAUGGAUACAAAGUGUACAUGUUGCCAUUGUUCCUAGUGCUUUUUAGCAGGCGCUCUCAUAGGCUCACAACAGUCUCAAGGCAUAAUGGUUGGUGAGCUGUUGUCGGAAAAGUCUGUAGGCACUAUGCAGAUGUUGCACGAUGCCACCUGCGCUUUAUUGAACAGCGCAUGUAAAAUGGACAAUUUUAAGGGCAAAGGCAGGGCACGCGGCAUGGUGAGCACAUUUUGCUGAUAUUUUUUAUAAUGUUUACAGUUAUUAAUCGACCGUUUAAACUUAGGAAAAUAAGGAAAUAUAAAUGGCUGCUGCCUACACAACUGAUUGCAUGUGUGGGUCUCAUAAAACACUUAGCAAAAUUGAAAAUAUAAUGCACCACUGGCCAGUGGUUUUUGCUGCUAGCAGCAAAAACCUCGGCAUGUGGUGAAUGUCUACAUGAAGCCAGCAGGUGUUGAAGCUAAAAAAUGCCAUAAGGGAAAUGUACCACUUGUUUAAUUAAAUUGGCAAAUAAAUACGACAAAAGGGUUAGAUUUAUGAUGGGGGUUUCCCAUUGCACGGCAUGUGGAGAACCUUGCGAUGUAAAGACAUGAUGACCACUUUUGGCUCUUCAGAGGACAAGUGCCACUCACAGCUAUCAAAACAUACCAACGUACCUUUGCCAGUGAGCAAUGGUUAUCAAAUAUCUAAACAAAACUGUGGAAAUGCUUGAGACAAAUGCACCUUUGCUAGCAAGAAUGGGUCAUCUAAUGUUCCCGGCAUUCGAGUUCGCAGGGCUACGAUAAAAUCGGGGAUGCUGAGCGGUGUUUCCUCUGCUCCUGUGUUUUCUUAGCUACUCGUGCAUUCCAUGACAUGAAAAGUUGGCUCAGACUUUGUCCAUCAAGCACACCAAGGGCACAUACAUACAGAAGCUACUACCGUAUUUAAUAGCAUAAUGAACGCACUUUUUUUUGAUGAGAAACAUGCGCAAAGUUGGGGGUGUGCUUAUUAUGCAGGGUAAAAUUUUGAGCAAAUUUUUUUCUGCGGCCACCUCUAAAAAAGUCGCAGUUUCGCCCGAAAGGCGAACCAUCGAUUGCGAUAGCAAAUGCCUAGACAGCUAUACGAAGUAAGGGUAGUAGUUUCAUUGGCCGUGUAGACUUGCAAAGUCAUUUAACCAGCAUGGUGUCAGUGUGCACAGGCAAACAUGAACCAAUCACACUCGAUGACCGCGAACACUCACUGUCGAAACGCUGGUGUGAGGAAGCGCAGCAGCAACAGUGAGUGAAGUGACCUUUGUGCCGUGUAUCGCUUCAGCGCAAACUGAGCGGCGAUAGCGGAGCAUGUACAAAGGUAUAAGCCGCCGUCGCACCUAGACUCAGCCCCCAAUGCAGAUCGCUUUCAAGAUAGGGCGCGCACGGCUGUGCAGUGUGCAGUUGCUGCACCGCGCCUCCCUCCCCUCCCAGCGGUGCCAUGCGCGCAACGAAAUACGGCGCUUUCCCUCCCCGCUUUGGCACCCGAAAUACGAAAUAAUCAGAAGUUCCCGGAAUAAUCUAUGUGGGUUAUAUGCAAUUUUUCCUUAAGGUGUGACUUCAUGGUGCUGCAAGGACACACCUUAAGGCGAAAUUUGCAAACAACCCAUACCUCGCCUUUACUGUUAAUUUUUUUUAAAAAGAGCUUUGAAAGUUUUGAGAACAUUUGCUGAGCCACAAUGAACGAAAUACAAAAAUAUACUUUGAAAUUCGUGACAUCGCGCUGACGUACCGAUGCUGGGGUUUAAGUUUGACCUUUUUCACUCCGAAUAUGUAACCUAGUGUCGGUCUAAAUUGGUUUAUUGUUCCUCUUUAUUGUCUUUUUAAUUGACUGCCUUCAGAAUAACAGGAAAUACAAGCUUCAUUGGGACUGACACGCUGUUAACUUCCACUUACACAAUCAUGAAGUUUGGCAAGUUGAGUUUGCCUCCACUCGAUUUGCAAUUCGUAGCCUUAUGGUGCUACCACAAAAUGGCAGCAGCAUAAGGCUACGUGUUUGAUGACUCAGAUUCUUCCUUAUUACUACACUCUUCAAGAACACCAAUGCAGUUGGUGUUCCAGUAGAGUGGACUUGUUAUAUGAUGUAUGGCUAUGUACGAUGUAUGUGUUUCUUCCCCGAGUUGCAAGGAAGAUUAUUUCUUGAAGAUGAAGUGAUGCAGUGUCAUACUGAACUUCCAACGACAGGGUUCUAGUCAAUAUAAAAAUGAAUUUGAUGGCCAGACUUUGUAGUCAUUCAUCUCCCAAUUAAUUGUUUUCUUCAUUUGUCACUGAUUCGCUAUGUUUGUUGCUUAUUUGUUGCCAGCAGAGGCAAUUGGAGAAACUAAGUUGGCAAACAAGGUUCAACUGAAGCAUAACUGCGAUUUGGCCUAGUUGGAACAGAUUCAUUUUUAAAAACUUUUUGGUAGCAAACAAACAAGGACGAAGAAAAGGAGCAACACAAGGACUCCUUUGGACUCUGUGUUGCUUCUUUUCUUCGUCUUUGUUUGUUUGGGCCGCCCAAAAAGUUUUUAAAAAUGAAGGUUCAACUGUUCGGGAAACUGUCCUGGUUAAAAUUCUGGCUGGACCCCUUAGUGCCUGAAGACUCGCAGCACCUUGCAGUGAACAAGCUAUG